AUGCGCCACCGUUUUCCUUCAGGAAACAAAAAGAGCCACUCGAGAGGAGGCUCCAAAGGCUCCUCAGGAGGGAACUCAAAGGUAGUGAAGGAGCCGGAAUACGAAGUUGAAGAUGUCGUCGCUUACACAGAAGACAGUAAAGGGGUGGCCCGGUGGAAGGUGCGGUGGAAGGGGUACGAGUCCGACGAUGACACCUGGGAGACGCGAGCGAACUUGCGGGGUUCGCCCGCCUUCUGGAAGCAAAUGGAUCGUCUGCAAAAAGAGUGGCGGUUAGCGCAUAAGAAGGAGGAUUCCGUGGGCCAAGAGGAGGAGAGCGUGGCUGAAGAGGAGACGGCGGAUCCGACGCGUCCUGCGAAGGGCCGCGGCAGGGGCCGUCGCGGACGCAGACGGUUGGUUUCGUGUCACCGCGGAAAGGCGCUUUCGGACGAGGCCGAAGAGAACGAAGACGAAGAGGAGAGCGAACCGGACGAGGAGGCUGGAGAGGAGGACGUGGAUCCAGACCAAGACAUGCAGGCCGAAGAAGAGGAGGACGAAGACGGCGCAGACGCUAUGGCGUACCCCAUCAUCUACGGCACUGACACCGAGCCGCCGCCUCACCACCUCCCAGAUGAGACAGUCCUGACUGACGGGCGCCUCUCCAUCUUCCGGUUCAAGAACAUUCCGAUCGAAGCGGUGCAAGGCACGGUCCCGAUGCUGGAGAAGUCGCUCUUUUCAAGCCGAGAUUCGGGGUCCCAGACGCCGAGUGACGCAGACAACGCGUCUGCGCCGCGCGCGGCGGACGCCGGCGACUCGAAGCGGGCCUUGUCGGAAGACGAAGAUGAUCGCUCGGCCGCCGGGCUCUCGUGCGGCAGCGGCGCGGAGGAGCAGAGCUGCGUGUAUGUGCAGUACCUGGUGGACGGCAAGUAUGUAUACUCGAUUCCCUUCGAGAGAGCCCGCUUCUACUGUCCGCAGCUGCUGCUGAGCUACCUCAUGGCGCGGACGACUUUCAAAACGAACUCGGUGACCGCGACUUCAGACAAAGCCGCGUGCGCCCUCGCGCCCGGCUCCGACGCGAGCUCGAGUCCGACGGCCUCCGACGCGAGUGGCGUGGAGCCGGCGGCCGCGGACGGCGUGGCAGAGAAGAGUGCAGCGGCGAAAAGUCAAAAGGACGCCGCGGACUCGGCGAAAUCUCGCUCCAAGACGUCCAAGGGGGCGCCUGCGGUGGGGGUCGUCACUGUCGAGGCGGAGGGCGCGGAGGACUCCAGUGAUAGCGAACCGGCGGCGGCCUGCCGCCGCCGCGUGGAAGAAGACGUGACGCUCGUCGAGGGGGAGACGAACGGGGGGGGGGACGGCGAGGCGGCGAAGGCCGUCGCGGUCGACGGCUCUGUCGAGGAGAGUCUCGACUCCGCGUCCGUCGGCAAGACGCUCGGCAGCGACACGCAGACGAAGGACGCGGCAAGCCACGCAGCCAGCACCGCGAGCACCCAGAGCCGCCGCCGCGGCAAGCUUGCCGGCGGACAGUGCGAAGGCGACUCCGAAGGAGUCGAGACUGGCGACGAGGCGGCGGGCGUUGCAGGGGCGCGGGCGGGCAGCCGCGCCGGCGGGGAGAAGGAAAGCCGCUCGCUUUUGUCGCACGGCUGCCUCCCCCAGGCGCGAGGCAGUCGUGCGUUUCUGGAAGACGACUUUAUUUUCAUCGCAGACGUCCGCAUCGGCGAGGACGCGCAGAACGAGAAGGCGUUCGACGAGCCCAGAGCCGACCCCGUCUCGGCUGCGUUCAACGAGGGCGCGCUGGAGAGGUCUCCUGUUUUCCCUGCAGUGCCCGGUUGA